AUUUGGCGCGUAAUUUUCCGCAUUGACUUGUUUUCUAGCAAAUGUUAUUUACACUCGAACCGUUCUAACGUGGACUUGUGUGCGUCAAAAUGGACCAAUACUUAGGCUUGAAAUACAAAUUGAAGUCGUCGGAAAAUUUUGAAGAAUAUAUGAGUUUUAUCGAAAUUGGUCUGAUAUCUCGUAAAACUGCGAUCUCUGUCAGCCCCGUCUGCGAGUUAACGCGUGAUGAUGAUGGAGUGUAUACUUAUACCAUGGCAACUACCUUCAAAACUAUGAAGUUCUCUUUCAAAUUAGGCGAGGAGUUUGUUGAAGAGAGAGCUGAUGGUGUUAAGGUGAAGUCAGUAAUGACGUUGGAUGGCGAUAAAUUAAUACAAGUUCAAAUAGAAGACAAUGGACGUAAAUCGACCCACGUGCGACAUUUCACACCGGAAUUAAUGACUGUGACCACCACCGCUGAGGGAUGGGACGGAACAUGCGUCAGAAUAUACGAAGUUGUUGCAUAAUUAUAACAAUUGUAAAAAAUAGGCAAAUAAGUAGCUCAAAACGUUGUGAAAAUCUUCUGAAAUAUUAUACUUUUUGUUACAAAAUAAAAAUAUCAUAUUAU